UCUCCCGCCGCCGCCGCUGCGCUCCGGGCCCGGCGCCCUUCGCUCUCCGCUUCCCCUGUGCCCUGGCUCCGCUCUAGCCUGGAGUGGGCGCCGCGAUGGCUCCGGCCGGCGACCGGGAGGGCUACUGGGGGUCGCCGACCUCUACCCUGGAGUGGUGCGAGGAGAACUACGCCGUCUCCUACUACAUCGCUGAGUUCUGGAACACAGUGAGUAACCUGAUUUUCAUUCUACCUCCAAUCUAUGGUGCGAUUCAGACCUAUAAAGAUGGCCUUGAAAAACGGUAUUUAGCUGCGUAUUUGUGUCUUACAGCUGUAGGAUUGGGAUCUUGGUGCUUCCACAUGACCCUGAAGUAUGAAAUGCAGCUGUUGGAUGAACUGCCGAUGAUAUACAGUUGUUGUGUGUUUGUCUACUGCCUGUAUGAAUGUUUCAAGUACAAGAAUACAGUCAAUUAUGCACUGCUUUUCUUUUUAAUAACAUACAGCGUCGUAGUCAGCAUAGUUUACCUAAAUUUGAAAGAGCCUGUAUUCCAUCAGAUCAUGUAUGGAACACUAGUUUCCAUCAUAGUUCUAAGAUCUGUUUAUAUAGUAUUAUGGGUAUACCCAUGGCUUAGAGGUCUAGGCUAUACAUCUUUAACUGUAUUUUUAAUGGGAUUUUUUCUCUGGAAUGUGGACAACAUUUUCUGUGAUAAAUUGAGAGCAUUACGAGAGAAGAUGCCUCCUGUGGUGGGAGCUGUGACACAAUUUCAUGCAUGGUGGCAUAUUCUCACAGGCCUUGGUUCUUACCUUCAUAUCCUGCUGAGUUUAUAUACAAGGACACUUUUCCUGAAACAUAGGCCAAAGGUGAAGUUUGUUUUUGGAAUAUGGCCUGUUCUGUUUGUGGAGCCACCCAAGACACUUUGACUGAGCCCUGGGCAGCCACACGCGAUCACCUGGCCUGGCAGAAUAAAGCAUUUCAACAGUUACUCUGGCUGAAGUGUCAAAAUUAUGGAUCCACCCAAGUACCAUUGCUAUUAAAGGACUUCUCUGUGCUACAAGGCCGGAACAGAGCAAAGAGCUGGCACACUAGGGAAAUAGCACUUAGUGCAGCUUUAUUCUAAGUUGUUAAAACAAAGAUUAAGACACAAGAGGUUUAUGUAUAUAUUGUAUAGCUGAUGAUAUUGAGAUCAUAUUUCGUGCUGGUCACAGAAGACUAACCAAUUUUGAAGUGGAUUGCAUAUGUUUUUUCAUUCAGUUUUCUGUUCUUUCUGUGGUCUAAACUAAUAUUAGUAACUGAAUGACAAAACCAGGCCAUUGAUGGCCAAGCUAAGCAUUUGUGUGGCCUAUAGUGAACUGAAUGCUUAACCCAAACUACUUUAACCUUGCACUUUUAUACAAUUAAUGAAGUAUGUAACGGUUGAUUUAGGCCUUUAUUCUACCUUGCUUUUCCACAGCCUCCUUUGCAAUUUAUAUUUUAAGCAAAAUGGUUGGGAUGCCUGUGCCAUUUAGUUCAUUUUGUACCAAGCUUCCAUUUUCUCUUUAGUCCAACAGAGAGGUUCAUCAUAGAGGAUGUUCCAAAGGGUGACCAGCAAAAGACACUGAAACGGUGAAGCCUUAUAGGUGUUCCUGUUUGUGUCUGGGAGCUCAAUUCCUAAUUUGUUUGACCAGUGAUUCAUCACAGAACUCAAUAGAGUGACUUUAGAAACAUACAAAACGCUCUUUAUUAUUUUUUGUUAGUUAUUUACAUACAUUCCUUUUCUAUCCAUUUCUUUAACUUCCCAUUUCCCAUUCAUACUACAGAUUGACAAGCACCUUAGAUGUGCUUUAGUUCAGCUUUGAAUUAAUCUUUCUCUUAUUUUACAAGUCUUAAGUAUUGGUCUGACUUUCAGAAGCAUCUUCUUAUUGGGAGACUUCAUAGGAGGAGUAAAGAACAAGACUGAGGUUGAAAAUAUCCCCAAAUACAAGUGGCAGUGCUUUGUUCGCUUUUAAUCUAGCACGUGCUUAUUCUGUGAGAAAGCUGACCACCUUUUAAAGCCAGACUUAGGGGAUUAAUGGGGGAGACAAGCACUGUUUUCUGCAUUUGUUAUGUACACAGCUGAUGAAAGUUAAUAAGUAAAUGUAAAGAAAACAAAGCAAAUACAGUUUUUCAAAAUAUACCUCAUAUGAAGGCUGUAGUUUUGAUGCUCUUGAUUUUGGGGCAACUAACAGAGUCUAUCUCUGUGCCUACUUGCUGCCAUUCUAUGCAAUUUUUGUCUGCUUUUGAUGCUCUGGAGGAUUUCUCCUUCUUGCUAUGAAGAAGGGAAAUGCUCAGACUGAUCCAAAAUCCCAUUCUGUAUUGAUUUACAGCAUGCUCACAGCAGCAAAGCGUGGUAAUGUAGCUGUAAAGCUGUCUCCCAGGUCUCAGAGUCCUGACUAUUGAAUAAUCAGUGCUGGUUAAAAUGGUCUCCUCCCUUUAAUGUUUGCAGUUUCUCUGCUUCUUUGACAUCCAUCAGUAAAUCUCCUACUGAUGUGAACCUCCAGAUAAAAAUAUGUCUUCUGUUAUAUGAUGACCCUGGACUCUUGAGAUCAAAUAACCUCAAACUGUCUGGAAAAAGAUACUUAACCUUUAGUGAGUUCAAUGAGGUUUAAGCACAUGCUGAUAGUGGUGCAUUUCAACCUGUACACCCCUAUACAGACACCUGAAGGGUAAUUUUAGAACAGCUUUGGUAUCAGUAGGCUCCAAUUCCAUAGACAAGGUCAGCAUCUGUGUUGGGAAAUCUGAGUGCUCUUCAGCAGAACUAACACAGAGGUAGGAAAAAGCUGUUAUGGAUCAGGUGUCUUUAAUUAUCCAGAAGGCAUAUUUUUUGUAAAGAGAUUUGAGAACUGUUUCAAAAAUGUAGCUUGAAAAUAAGUGCCUGCCUGUUCACCUUCAGUCUUUUUCGAGCAUUUUUCUAACACUGUAUCUCAUUUUCUUAUUUACUAUGUUUACAUGUGCUCAUAAGUAGGGAAGGAUUCUUGUAAGAGAAGCAGUACAGCAGCAAGACAUAUCAACAGUCGCUUGUGACAUCUGCUAGGAAUGACAUUAUUUUUAUGGAAAUGAAAAAAACCCAUUAUUUUAGUUGCCUUAGUUUUGUUAUUGAAGGAUCUGGGAGCUCUGUUUAUUUUAGUAAUUGCAAGAACCAGAGUGUCUUGAAAAGCCACUUUCUUAUCGAUCAGGCAUCUCUGCAUUGGUAUAUUUUAAAGAAAUUUGUUGAUUCUUCUACACAUUUUCAGCUAGGAAGUCUGUGAUGGGGGGGUUUCAGAUCUUGUUGAAUUGUCAGGAUUUAAAAGAAAAGCUAUUUUGAUUUUAUACUGCUGUUAGUUUUUUAUUCAUGUAUUGUUUUUCAUUUAUUUUUUUUCCUUUAAAAAAAAUGCAAAUUGGCUUCUUCCUACAUUCCAAAUGACUAAAAACAUACACACCUCUACCACCCUGCCAGCAGCCUUUUUUUUAACAGGUUAUAUUAGACUCUGAAGAAUGUAAUUUACCUGUGUAUCCUUCUUAGGAUAAUCUAAAAUCAUGGGUGCUUUGGUUUGACUGCCUUACUGAUCUUGUGAGUGAUACUGAAAAUGACAAGCUAGUUUUAACUGCAUGUCACUGAAAUUCAGACUGCCUUUUCUAGUGCCUGGAGGGACAUACAUUCUUACUCCUGUAAUGUGUUAAAUGUCUGUUAAUUAUUUUUUAUUGCUUGUAUGACAAUGUUGAUUGUUUUUCUCCAAACCUUAGAGCAGUAUAUCCCAAACUUUUCUUGCACUACAUCUUAACAAGUCUUGAGAUCCUAUUAUUUGAGUAGGAUUCAGACAGCAGCUAUUUUAAAGAGAAUUAUGGAAGUAGCAGGUGUCGUUUGAUAUGAAUUCUACAGGAUGUGUUGGAGAGAUUUGAUAGCACUGAACUCUUCUAUUCCUUAACAUCUAUGAAGAACCAGGAAAUCUGCCACCAUAUGACCAUCAAUUUGAUACAGAUGAGCAGCAAGUAGCUCUGCAAUCCAUGAGCUUAAAAAUUCUUUCUUGGAAAUAAGAUGAAAAACUUCAAAAUUACUCUCACAGGACAGAUCAAAUCCAUUCCUUAUUCUGGGAAUUUAGAAUUUUUAGAUACAACUCAAGACAUUCUCCAGAGCUGAAGAUACGAGAAGAAAUCUCAUCCAUGUUUCAAAGGCAAUGUUGUUGGCUAGCAGUAUUAGCAUCUCCAGACUUCAUCUUAAUGUUUUUUUUCUAUUAGCACAGGGCUGAUGUGCUGCCCAUGAGUGUUUAAAAACUUCCCCCUAGUCAGAGUUGGAAUAUGCAGUGUUACCACUUGCCAGUCUACCUCUGUCAUUUAUUGUACCAUGCCUGUACCCUUAAUUGCAUUUGCCUGAGUGUGUGCGCAUCAGAGCAGCCUGACUUAGACCAUGCAGCCCCUGGGAGUGGCAAGUGUUGUAUUGAUUCUGUUCACUCCCCACAAACAUCCUUCCUUUUUUGGUGUCUGUUAUUUACAGCUUGUGCUGUCUGGCUACUUUAGAGAGAGAUUUGAGUAGGAGAACUUCAGACAGGUGUAGCAAAAUCUUUUGGGAGGGAUAUUGGGAAAGUGGCAAAUAUUGUUUUAUAAUUAGUUUAAAUUCUCUUUUAAUCCUGUUCUGUGCUGUCUUGCUUGGCAAAAGCUGAAUUGUAUGAUUUGAAAUGCAGUUGAUUCUUUUGGCCAGCCUGGAUUUGCUUUUAACACCUCUUUUUCAGGAAACACUUCCACAUGAAUCUCAGCAACAAAAAAUCCUCCAAAUACCACCAGUGCUUCUCGCAGUCACUAUCACCUUGUUUAAUUUGCAUUCAAGAAUUUCAAUAAUACCAUAUUUUAAAACCUGUUUCUCUCUAUGGAUAUAUUACACAUUUUAAUAGCAGGUGGUGAAACAAUUCAGUCCAGCACUGCUCAGUUAGAGGAGCUGUAAAGAGCAGCCCUGCUGUUUUCUUUAGUAGACAUCAGAAUUUGGGAGCACACAUCUAUUUUGGGGAAAUGUGUGCCCCAUAAUUUAGAUUAACAUAUUUAGGUAAAACUUUCAGUUUACCUUCAACUCCAUCUGCACUUUAUAAGUAGGGAGUGGGAGGUUUUAACUGCGAAGUGCUGUUUGACUGUGAGACUUAUCAUGAAGAGGGAUAAAUGAUGGAGUCUUUAUUACACAUGAGGAGAGCAAAGCCAGAAGGAGAUUAAGAAAUUUUACAUGAGAAGAGAAUAACAAAAGAUUAAGCACAGAAUCUCAUAGUAUUACGUCAACCACUCUCCUGGUAUCUGCUUUAGAUACUUGAAUGUUUUGCUAUUUAGACAUUUAACUUUCCUCUCUUCACCACAGAAGUGACGUAGUUUCUGUUACAUUCAGUUCGUUAUAGAUGACUUAGGGGCUGUUUUAUGAGGAUGGAACAUGACAUAGAUUGUUUUGUACAUGAAUGAAUACAUUUCUAACCUAUCUGGAAUGUCCUCUGCCAGCUUUGUUUGAGAGUCUGUAACCUAAAGACAGAGAACAUUCUAUAUAACUAUUAAAGUUGGUUUGGGGAUUUUUUUGUUGAGUUUCUCACGCACAACUGCCUACAGCUGCCAAGUGCCUGAUCUUGUUGUUACAAGGCUUUUCUGAGAGCUGGAUCUAUGUUUUCUUCUGAGGUCUGUAGGACAAAGUCUUUGGUAGGAGAGGGUCAAUUUUUGUUAAAAAUUCUCCUUCUGCAGGAAUCGCAAUACUAUUCUUAGUCGCUUUCCAGAUAUACAGUACUCAAACUUGAGCCUGGCUACCCACCUUCCUGAUGCUGUUGCAUCUUUCCAGCCUUUGAAAGCUGGGUGAGGGAUUUAACUGUACAUGUGGUGUUUAUUUUGGGUUGUGUAGUUCAGUGACAGGCAGUGUGAGGGCACAGCAGUCAAGCAAGCACUUUAGGUGGAGCCCCCUUGUUGGAGCUCCCAGCCAGAUGCUUUUAACAGGGCUGGGGACAGGGGGAUUUGUAUGUACAGUUUGAGAGGCAGCUUUGAUGCCUGAACUUCUUACUUUACUGCAGAACUCUCCGAUUUUACUUGUUGAAAUCAUUUAGGUUUGGUUCAGAGUUAAUGUAAGACACUAAACCAGUGCCUGCAAUUUUUUUUUACACAUAUAUCACACAAAUGGAAUCUGCCUGAUGUUUAAGAGCAGAUUGUUAAGAUUCUUAAAAUUGUAAAGAUAAAGGGCCUUUUGCUUAUUUUUCCACAGGAAUAGCUAUAAGCACAAUCUUAGAUUCAUCCUUCUGUCCCCAAAGCUCUGGAACAUAUAUGUGUUUCUCCAAAGACAGUGCUGAAUAAAAUGGCUCAUAGCAAGUUAAGUACCAAAGUGUUUUCUACAUUAAAGCUGUGGAAGAACUUUGUGUAUACUUUUGCUCCCUAAAUUUUGUAAGAGAGGGUUUCAAGCAGCAUAAGCAGUAGUUACUCCUUAGACUGAAGAGAAGCUAUUUUUUCUCUUGAUUUCCCAAAUCAACGCUGAGUGUUUCAUGUUGGUUGUUGAUCUCAGCUCAAUGUACAGAUGAUGUUACAGUCUGGUCAAACACUAUCUGUCCACCUGGAGUGGACAGGAACUCUGUUCAUUACCUGACCGAACUUCCUAACAUUGACGCUGUGAGUACAAGUACAUUGUUGCAGAGAGAUAACACUGUGACAGAUGAGAAGCAGUUGACUUUAGAACACAGCUACAGUGAGAAAUGCUUAUUGACAAUUUUGAUACACUGAACUGACUCUUCCUACCAAACCAGCUGGUAACUAACAUCAGGCUUAUAUGUAUCAGCAUAUCUUGUUUUCCAAAGCACAGUAGCUUUGAAAUAUUUAAUAUGUUUCAUUUGUUAUUCAUGCUGCAUUCAAGCACUAAUUUGUGUCUUUAUAGUACAAACUAUUAAAGAAUUUUGUUUUAAAUACAA